AUGAACACGCUAUUUAAUUCAAAGAUCGCAUGCGUCGUUUUUGAUCUUUGUAACAAAGAAGAGUCAAACGAUAACGCGUCUGGUUUGCGUGUUCUUAGAACCAAAAGGGUUUUAUCACGAGAUCAUGCCGGAUCCGCGAAUGAGUACUUGAGAAGACCGACAAGUGAAGAUGUCCAACGUUUGGUAAGUAAGCAUGAACAGAUACAUGUUUUUCCUGGUAUGCUUGGUAGUAUUGAUUGUUCGAACAACAACAUCAACGUCCUUAAUGAAUCAGAUUUGUUCAAAGAUUUGCUGCAAGAUAGGGCUCCUGCACUUCAAUAUACUGUUUACGGUGAAGAGUUUACCAAGGGAUAUUAUCUAGCUGACGGUAUUUAUCCGGAAUGGGCGACACUAGUCAAGUCUUUUAAAUGCCCGAUGGAUGAAAAGAGUGGAAAGUUCAAGCGCUAUCAAGAGGCUGCAAGAAAGGAUAUCGAACGAGCUUUCGGGGUGCUUCAAGGUCGUUGGGCAAUCCUUAAACAUAAUGCCCGCCCGUUUUCGGUGAACAAAAUAAAACGUAUGAUGUAUGCUUGUGUUAUUCUAUACAACAUGAUUGUUCAAGACAACGGUAACGCAAUAUCCGAUUUUGAGGAAGAUUAUUUGUCCGAUCCAACUAAUGUGCCAACACGUACGUGGGAUGAAAGAGUUGCAACGCAAAUGCGGACCUUCGGGGAGUUACGUGAUAGGAGGAUGCACCAUCGACUUCGCAAUGCUCUAGUGGAACAUGUUUGGAACCUCCCGAAAAAUUACCGUCAACGUUGA